UAAAAACUUAAAAAGUAGAGAAUGCAAUAAAGUGUGUAAUAAGGCCGUCGAAGGCGUUCAAUUCGGAUUAGAUCGAUCUCCCCGCUUCAAUGGCGUCCACUUCCUCCCUUCUCCUCCCCUCUCCACCCUCCACCUCUCGUCGCCUCACCUCUCCUCACCUCCUCUCCUCACCACCCUCCUCCUCUCGCCUCCUCCGGCGACCUCCCCUUCGUCUCCGCCCUUCUCCGAUCGCCUCCGCCGCCUCUCCGCCGCCGCGCUCGGCCUCAACCGCCGCCGCCUCUCCGCCGCCGCGCUCGGCCUCAACCGCCGCCGCCUCGUCCCCUCUCCACGCCCUCAUCUUCGACUGCGAUGGCGUGAUCCUCGAGUCGGAGCACCUCCAUCGCCAAGCCUACAACGACGCCUUCGCGCACUUCCGCGUCCGAUGCCCCCCCGCCUCGCCCGAGCCACUCCACUGGGCCUCUGAAUUCUACGACGAGCUCCAGAACCGGAUCGGCGGUGGAAAACCCAAGAUGAGAUGGUAUUUCGGUGAGUACGGAUGGCCUUCUUCUUCGAUCUUCGAGACGCCUCCAUCGAGCGAUUCGGAUAGGGAGAAGUUGGUUGAUGUCCUCCAAGAUUGGAAAACCGAAAGGUACAAAGAAAUUAUCAAAUCUGGAACUGUGGAGCCUAGACCCGGUGUUCUGCGAUUAAUGGAUGAAGUCAAGGGUGCGGGUAUCAAACUUGCUGUUUGUUCCGCGGCGACUAAAAGUUCGGUUAUCCUUUGCCUUGAAAAUCUUAUUGGGAUAGAACGAUUCAGGAGUCUUGACUGCUUUCUUGCAGGUGAUGAUGUCAAAGAAAAGAAGCCUGAUCCGUCAAUAUAUAUUACAGCUGCUGAGAAACUAGGCGUGCAAUCAGAGAACUGUCUAGUAGUGGAAGAUAGUGUUAUUGGGCUACAAGCGGCAAAAGGAGCAGGAAUGUCUUGUAUAAUAACAUAUACAUCUUCAACCGCUAAUCAGGAUUUUAAAGAUGCAAUUGCAACCUAUCCUGAUCUGAGUAGAGUGAGGCUCGAAGACCUCAAGUUACUGCUCCAAAACACUUUGGUUUCUAGCUAAAAAUUUCCAUUCAUUUUGCCUGGGAGCAAUGCAUGGAAAUACGAGGCGUGGACACUGUGCUUCCAUGUAUUUGAUUUCCAAUGUUCAUUUAUUAUUUCUCCAAAUGAUUGGAGAUUGAGAUAUUCUAGUGUAAGAAUGUAUCUAUAUAGCAAGUCAUGUUGCAUCUUGCAGUAAGCAUCCUCUUUAGUACCUAUUCAAAAAUAAAAUAAAAAUAAUAUAAAAUCCUCUUUUGUUUUUA